AUGUACAUCUUUCUAUCCUACCACCUCCCGCACAUUCCCUUCAUCUCAUUUGCGCGCAUCUUUCUAUCUUGCUACCUCUCUAUCACCAGCAUUUCCUUGAUUCUGCACAUUUUGAGUCUUACUGAUUCCCAAUCUCAUCUCAUCUCCUCCGUCAGCAUUAUCUUCCACAGCUAG